AUGGCCCGGCACGAGUCUCUCUUCUCGUACAAUAUCACACGUCCCUACCCAUUUCGGUGGUUCACUCCCGUGGUCAUUGCUGGCGGGAUAGUAAUCACAGUACUCGUGUCUUUCCUCAAUGUCGCGGCUUCUGGCUACGAACUGAUCGCAACUUCGUCCACCAACCCUAACACGACACUUUCGGAUGGGAAUUGGUACGCGAAUUGGCCAAGCUGGCUUGCUAGCACUCGGGCAUCCUGCGAGACAACAACCAUGCCCUUGCAGACUGGUCUUUAUACCAACAAUACAGCAUUGCCAUACACACUUGUGUCGGCAUGGAGGUACGAUAAGUCCAGGAAUCAGAUCAGCCUGGGCUCGCUGAUAUACGACAACAAUCCUCUUCUGGACUGCAAUGUCACUUCGAUCCAGAUAGGCAUUGAAUCGAAUGAUCGAACGGCAGGGCAAGUUGCAGUGUCUCAGGUCGGUGCAACACUGACGGCCAACGCUGUUUGCUUGAUUGAAAGGCCCGAGGGGCAGACAUACUUGGAACUGGCCACGACGUACGAUGCCAUCCCGCCGCCGAGUGUGUCGAGUUCGAUCUUUCUGGAUACCAACGCGACGAACAAGGCGAGUUUGUAUUGGGGGCAUUCCGUGAUGAGAUUGUACUGGGCAGACUUGAUUAGGAAGUAUUAUCUUGAGAAUGUGGACCAAGGUAGACCUUUCUACAAGGCCGCCGUGACACUGAACCGUCUGGAUGACGCUGCUUCAAAGCCAACCACCAAAGACGACCUCACGGACAUGGACUUUUUACGCGUUCCGGCCUGCUGGCUAAUGCCGUUGAAUUCGACCGGCAUCUCGCACACGAACAAGUUCUGCGACAGCAACACCAUCUCGGAGCUCGCUCAAGGCAGCACGAAUCAGAAGCCGAUGCCGAGCACGUGGGGGACGGUGAGCGUGUUGGGCAAAGCAAUGUGGUUUACAGUCCUGGCCGACCUUGGGAGAGACGAUGACUCGCUGCCGAAUAUGCUUGCUCACCCGGACCUCCUCGAGAGCCUGACAGCAAAUAUGACGAACGUCAAUGAGACCCUCGGGACGAUGUGGAGUUGGGGCUUACAGAGCUCAAGCCGCUCGCUGGUGCCAUAUGCAGCAUCGAAAGAUGGUGAUUCUCAGCUCGGCAUCACACGAUCAGUGUUGGCGACAAACUAUGUCUGCCAGUUGCCGAGGCUUAAGUCGACAGGCGCGCUAAUUGUGUCGGUGCUGGUGGCGGAUUUGGUGCUGCUACAGGCCGUUUGGAAGAUUUAUGUUCUAGGGGUGGAUUACUUCUUCACAUCCAAGAAGGAAGAGCUGAAAUACUGCGAGGGCUGUGCAAGGAACCUGAUGGACCAGAGGGAUAUUCCUCUGGAGAAUGUGAAGUCUCCAGGAGUAGGAGGUGUUGGGUAUGAUGAGUAUCUGUCCGUGGAGCGAGGGGGAGCAGCCUUGCUGUCGCCAUCUUCGAGGCAUAGCUUAUUGGACCAUGGGCAAGUGGUUGAGCGGUGA